AUGCAUGAGCAGCUGGAUGCCAGCACCGGCCGGCUGCCAUGUGAGUGUCAGGAGCGGGCGCAGUAUGACUUUUACACUUGUCCCCGCGGCUUGGUCGAAGAGGCUGUGCCCCAUUCUUCCGAGCUGAGCAUUUCCAUGGAAGAGAGCAGCGAAGGCCUGCGAGUCUCCGUUGCCGGCUUGAAGCCACUGAGCCUGAUGCCACCAAGAAGGCCAGUUCCCGUUCUGGGAGGUGUGGUGUCCGGAUCUUGCAUGGCAGCUCUUGGGGUUGUGCUUAACAUGCCAGAGCUUCGAGGUCCAGUGCUCGAAAUCGGGGCUGGGCGAGGGCUUCUAGGCUUCGCCGCAGCAGCCGCUCUCGGAUGCUCUGGGAUGGUCACAGACUUGGAGGAGGACGUGUGUGAAGCUUUGGGGAGGAGUCUGCGCGCCACUGCGGAGCUGGGAAGUUGCUUGGAUGUCCGCGCACAAGUCUUGGACUGGGAUGAUGGCCUGGAAGAGGCCACUUCGCGCUUGGCAGACCCGGAUCCGGGCCUUCUUCUGGGAGCUGAUUUGUUGUGGGCAGAUGAUUCUGUCGACUCCUUGUUCGAGGCUGUCGAGAAAGCGGUGGCAGCCGGAUGGUCUGGCUUCGCCAGACGUUCGUCUACGGUGCUUCGGACCGCCCCUCCAAUGACCUGCUGGCGCGGCAGCUUGCAGAGAUGA